CGGUCCGCACGAUAGUUCCCGCAUACACUAAAUACUAGUAACGGUUUUCGUGAAAUAAAGCCAUUGAAAAGAGUUUCUUUCUUACACACACGCUUCGACGACGCUAAGCCCCCCCCGCUGGCAUUGCUCAACUCGAAUCGACGAGAAUGAGAAUGCAACUCAUUUGUUCGUUAUCGUUCCUCAUAUUGUUUUCAACGGUGACAGCGAAUUUAUCGUACGGACUAAGGAGAGGGGAAACUUGCAUCCGGCAACCGGAGGGCGUGGAAGCUAGCAAAACUCCCGGUGACAAUGGAUAUCGCAUUAAAAUCAGCGGCAAUCCCGACACAUAUUUUCCUGGAGAUGUUUACACAGUUACGCUGCAAAACUUGAGGUCAUCGAGUAAUUUACAAAAAUUUGUCGGCUUCUUGCUAACGGCUACGCCUUCCCUGACUUCGAUUCCGACGUCACCCGACACUGCCGGAAGCUUCCGGCUUUUUAGCGACUCAUUAAGCCGAUUCAGCGACGUCUGCCCCAACGGGAUUACGCAAACGUCCGCAAUACCUAAGACGGAAAUACAGGUCCUUUGGACCGCUCCCGGGCCCGGCACCGGUUGCAUCAAGUUCAGCGCUGUGGUGGUGGAAAAUCGGGAACUAUGGUUCGCCGACGACAACGGCCUGACCAAAGAAUUGUGCGCCGAUCCACAAGAGAACGAGGACGAACAGCCGGAAAUCAACGAGCCUUGCUGCGCUUGCGAUGAGGCCAAAUACGAGGUCAUGUUCGAGGGUCUCUGGUCCCGCCAGACGCACCCGCGCGAUUUCCCGGCUAACGAGUGGCUGACGCACUUUAGCGACAUUAUCGGCGCCUCGCACAGCGCCGACUAUCGCGUCUGGGAAUACGGCGGCAUCGCUUCCGACGGACUCCGGCAGGUGGCCGAAUGGGGAUCCACUCAGGCCCUCGAAUCCGAAUUGAAAUCCGAAAGCGAUCACAUCCGAACGAUUAUCAAAUCACGCGGGCUUUGGUAUCCAAACGUCAAUGGCAAGACCUACGCCGUUUUCAGAGUCGAUCGCAAACACCAUCUCAUGUCGCUCGUCUCCAUGUUGGGUCCAUCGCCCGAUUGGAUUGUUGGCGUUUCGGCAUUAGAACUAUGUUCACGUAAUUGCACUUGGGUAGAGAACAAGACUCUGAAUCUUUACCCAUGGGACGCUGGUACCGAUAGCGGUAUCACCUACACCUCAACCAACUCGGUUACUAAUCCUCGUGAGAAAAUCACACGCAUCACGUCCUCCUACCCUGCAGAUCCACGUUCACCUUUCUACGAUCCGACAGGAUCUGAUAUGAAACCACUGGCCCGAGUGGUCAUUACUCGACAGCGUGUGUACGAAAAAGGCUGCUUGGAUACAUCUACAAUUACGGAUGAUGCUAUUAGUCACCCGGACAACUCCGGGGACGCCCUCAGACCCGAGUGUGCUGUGACUGAAUGGGGCCAAUUCAGCCCCUGCUCCGUCACUUGCGGUAAGGGUCUUCGCAUGCGUCAGCGAUUUUACAUAAAUCAAAUGAAAGCCGAAAUGACGAGGUGCGAUCGUCAACUCGAAGAAAAAGAAAUGUGCGCCAGCGCUGUCGAACUUUGUGGCGACGGAUCUAUGGUAAAGGACGAUGUUUGUGCCGUUUCGGAAUGGUCGCAAUGGUCCUCUUGUUCCGUUACGUGCGGAAAGGGCUUCCGGACGAGAACGAGACGAUACUAUGAUCGCAUGGGUCGUAAGAAAUGCCAUUUGGAAACCUCAGAGCAAGAAAUGUGCAUGGGUUUGAAUUUUGAAUGCGACGAUCCCGGUUUCGAUGAACCAGAAGAUCCUGAAUGUCUUGUUAGCGCUUGGAGUGAUUGGUCACCCUGUAGCGCUUCUUGUGGUAAAGGUAUGCAAGUACGUAGCCGGAUUCCGCUAGUGAUUGGAAAUAAUGGCGUGGCUGCAACCUCUCUACCUGGCCACUGCAACAUGGACACUAUGGAGAAAACUGUCUGCAUGGCAGAUAAACCCGACUGUUCUUUCAGCAUGGCCGACGCUAAAGCUAUCUGUAUGGAAGAGGUAGACCCUGGACCAUGUCGCGGACCUUUUUCUCGUUGGUACUUCGACGCUCACAAGGGGAUGUGCGUUCCAUUUUCGUACGGUGGUUGUCGCGGAAACCGGAACAACUUUGAAAGGCAUGAGGAUUGCGUCAAUACGUGCGAACUAUUAGCACGCGCUGGUGGAGAUGAUCACCUUUUGGAUCAAUUUGAUGAUGAUCUUGGUGGAUUCAAUGGAAUGGACAAAUCCAACAUGGGCAUUAAUCAUCACCAGAAUCACCCACAAGCAUCUCCUAUAGACUGUAUGAUCACUGAAUGGACACAAUGGUCACAAUGCAGUACUACUUGUGGAAGAGGAUAUAAAGAGAAGCAAAGGAUGAUCAAGCUUCCAGCCCAAAACGGUGGUAAAUCUUGUCCGAGAAAGUUUACGAAAAAACGCCCGUGCUAUCGUAGACCCUGCAAAUAAAGGCAAAGUCUACUACGAGGGACAAAUCUUCCAAAUAGGGAAGUCGUGAUCGACUAUUAUAGAACGUCGUGAAUAAUAUUUUUCAAAAUAAAUUUCUUUUUGUCCAGCUCUUGCUUUCUAUACGUUUUAACAUCGUCUCAUGUGUAGUGGAAGUGAAAAUUCGAAACCAGAAAAAUUAAUACAGCAGCCAAUAAUGUUUA